AGAAGAUAGACCUCAUUGGUUACUGUAGCGGCGCGUACAUGAAAUAAGAAAGUUUCUGUCAUAUUAUUAAAUAUCAUUAUUUGUACCAGUAACAGCGUUCAUGUUUUGAUCUUACCGUAAAGAAUGUAAUAAAAACGUGUGCGUUAUGUAGUAAUGGACGCGAUGCGGUGCAGUGUGGCGUAUUUAUCCGAGUUUAGUGACUGUCAGUCACACUCAUCGCGCAUCAUUCAAUACGACACGAAUCUGAUCUUGACCUGUGGAGACAGUCAUGUACUUGUGUUUCAUAUUGAGGAAAACAGAGUCACGACUGUACUCCACUACGAAACCCCAGUGACUUAUGUGGCAUUAAGUGCUGAUAAACUUCGACUAUAUGUCCUGUGUGAGAACGGUGGACUUUACUGCACCACUCUUCCCCCACCUUCAAGUUCUGACCCUGUUGUGACCAGAGUCUCAGAUGACUGCAUUGUCCUCAAAAACACCAGUCUGCGAGCAAUCAUCAUAGUCGAGAAGAUCCUUGUGACUCUUAGCCUUCACAAGUCCACCUGGAGCUUAGAUGUCUACGAAGAGCCUGGAUCCAAGCCCCUUCAUAAACUUGCAUGCUUCCAGGUCACAACUGUCAACACCCAAGCGACACACAACUCUUCGAACACCACAGAAGAUGUUAUAAACAUAACAGAUGAAGAAAAAAGUAGGAAGUCCUCUCCUGUACUGACGUGCAUCUACUCUGCCGUCUCUCACAAGUCUGAGCUCCAUCCUUAUCUUGAGCUUCGUCUCUUCAGGCUCUUGUUUGGAGUAGAUGCCUCUUUAGUCAAUUCUCCAGUCCUUCUCUGUGGUUUACCUGAUGGCCGUAUUUGUUGCUUUCCUUUGCUCCUCCCCCAAAUGGAUGGUCCAAGAGGUGAGCAGAGAUCACCAAUCAGAGUGCUCCAGAGCUUAGAACAGCCAAUCGUAUUCAUUGGAACCUGCGUCUCGGGGGACGACGGACCUCGGUGUUUGGUCGCACUUGGUCAAAGGGGUAAACUUCUGUUGGUCAGAAGCAAGGAGACCAGUUCGGAAAGCAAGAAGGCAGAUUAUAGCUUCAAUGAACAUAGUGUACGAGGACCGGUGCUGUGCGCCUGUGCUGAUGAUAAAUACCUGUUCUACAGCACUCUGAAUGACCUACAAGCUCUUCAGCUCACCAAAACCUCACCAGAAACGGAAGCAGCAACUGAACCUCAACAUCCAGUUCUGAGCUCAAACAGUCUUGGUGUAUGCGGGGUUGUAGCACUGGCUGGGCCAUACACUAAUGCCACAGGAUCUUUGCAUCUGUUGGCCUCAUCUUCAAGUGGAAGACUCAUGCAGGUGAACCUUCCUCAAGGGCCCAAUAAAGAAAACGAAUCCAGGUUUUCCUCAUCUCAAGCCGGCCAGAGAGUGAAGGAUCUCCUGUCAUCCAUUGGAAAUGUUUGGGAGGAGGCAGAGUCCUUAAAACACAAACUGCAGGAGAAAAAUGAAUCUCUCAAGCGUCUGAAUCAAGUCAUGAGCGUUUGCAACCUCCUGUUGGCCAAUCAUGGAAAUGAAAUGGAACUCAAUAAGUGCAUACAACCAAUCAGCUGUCACGGUGUGGCGAGAUGGAGCUCGCUGCUCCAGAAAGAGUCGUUGACUCUCACGUGUGUAUUAGAAAACGCAAGCAUGUAUACGUUGGAACAGGGCUGGACUUUGUGCCUUCAGGUGCAUCCAUUAUCCACAUCUCAGACUGCAAAUACAGAGUGCACAUCCAGGACGUACUCAUUUCCAUUCCGGAAACUGGAUUGCGGUGAAAAACUGGACGUGACGAUUCCUCUUGAAAGAGUCGGCGAGCUGCCAGUAAACAUCUAUUGCUCUCUUGCUUUUACUCUUACGGCUUUAUUUAGCUCUGAAGCGUCUGAAGCUGUAUCACAGCUCUUAAAAGGUAUGGGGUCCAUCAGCGUACCACUGAACACUUUAACGGUAGAUUGGCUUGAUUCAUUAAGGCUGGAAGGAGCAUUUUCUCCUGGUAACAUUAUCAGACACAACACUGCCGCGGAUGGCAUCCAAGCCUUUCUGCGUUCAAAAGGAGUCCGAACACAGAACUCUGAUAUUGUUCCUAAAUCCGGACCUCUUCCAGUGGUGGUGAGGGUAUCGUCUGAGCUUCUUAAGAGCAAACUGCACCUCUCAGCCACCAGCGGUGUGGAAAUAUGUUCAUCUGUUCUAAACUGGUUGGUUUAUAAGGAGACAGCAGAACGCGCAUCUAUAAAAACUCAAGUUGUAUGUGCGUACAGCCCUGAUGGACAGCCAGUCAAGCUACUGGCCAAAGAGAUGACUCUGGAAGAUUUUAGUUCUGAAGGACCUCUAGAUGUCCUAGAGAUUCGGGUGGAGAGUUUGUCUAUGGUGGCGGUGUGCGGACUGCAUCAUGCAAUUCUGAGACGUCUACAGGUGCUGCUCGAGGACACAACAGCAAAUCGUGGGCAUACAAAGCCGUUACAAGCACAAAGGUUGUGUGAAACCGUCCGUCAUGUUGAGUCUCUUUAUAAAGACCUUCAGGACGCUUACAAUCAAGCAGCUCUUGGUGGUUCAACAGAGACGAACAAGACCUCUGAGAUCCUAUUUCGCAUUUUCCUGCAGCUGAGGGCAACCCCACUGAUCAUUAUUUGAUUCCAU